AUGUUUUCGCUAAAGAUACUGACCAAGGCGCGAUCAUCUCUGCAGUGUGUUGAACAGACAUCUUGUGUUGAGAGGAUGGUUUGGCUUAGCUAUAAGCCAUAUGACCAUUUGUAUACCUACAGAAUACCCAGAAGCUGCAGGAUCAUCAGCAAAACAUCCUUACAGAUCCCUUCUCAUGUGGUACCCAAACGGAAUCUUUCAAUCUGUUAUGUAGCAGCAGAUGAUGAUGACAACACAAUGGACCUUCAGAAAACCUCCAAUCCUAUGACUGAAAUACCAGAAAACGCAUCUAUGGAGACCACUGAAGCCAAAGAUCCAUUGACGUCAGGGGUUGUGAUUGGCUUUGUGCUUUUGUUAUGUACCGGAAACAUGCAGGCAGUGAUCGAUCUUCUUAAGAAUGGAGAAGGCAUUAUUCCUGGAUUUUUUAAGAUGAUUAUCGAUCACGUCAAAGGCGUGAUGCUAAGAGAAAAUUUCCCAAUAGGCCAUAUCAUCAAGAUCGAUGAUAAAGAUGAACUAGUGGGUCGGAUAACUGAAAAGGACAUACAUUCCACAACUAUCUUGGGUCCGGAGCUAAGACCCAUCAAAGUUCCAAACAAGUUUUUUGAAGAGAAGAAAGUUGAGAACCUCACGAUGGCUAUUGGCCAUCGUAUCAAACAUAAUCAUGUCUUUAAACUAGCUGAUUCUAAAAAGCUCAAGGCUGUGGAAGAUGAACUAUGUAAGAUGAUGAGAGAUAACCACAAACAUGUUUUAUUGGCCAAGAGAAGUCCGUUCUGUGACAUGGAAGUAAAAGGAAUAAAAGUUCAUGUUAGUUUUGGAUGCUAUGUCAAGAAGAUGGAGGAAGAUGAAUUGAAGGCUAUGAAGAAUCAAAUUCUUUUCAACGCUAUGGAUAUUACCAAGAAGCAUGGUCUGGAGAAUUGUGCCGAAUAG